AUGUGGACUGGCGAAUGUGCCAUCACACUGCAGGAUGUCGAGGUGUUAUAUGACAUUCCCGUGGAUGGCCACCCAUUGGUGCAGAGAAAUGUUAAAAAUAUAACUAAAUCAACGUGGCGAGAAUUGAUGUACGACCUUAUUGGUUGGUUGCCCAGAGAAGAAGAAAUUAUAGGUAACAGCUUGUUGGUAAUAACACAAUUAUCUAAUCAUUUAGAAACUUUGAUUUCCAAGAAUAAUAUUAUUGAUGAACACACUGAUGAGGCUGAGGUACAAAAGAGGGUCAGGUUGUACCUGCUUUGGUUGAUUGGUGGCACUAUAUUCCCUGAUAAUACUGUUUCAAAUCUUAGUUUACAGUUUUUGCUUGACAUAAUAGACCUUGAUGCAAUAGGCGGGAAAGCUAGGGGAGCAGCAGCAUUAUCAUACUUGUACAAUUGUCUAUGUCGUGCUUCGAUGGCUAAUAGCCGUGAUGUUUGUGGAUUUAUUGCUUUGUUACAGAUACGUGAAUUUCAAUAUUAUUAA